AUCUGAAUUUGUUGCCAGUCGACACCUGGAAUUUAAACAGCGCCAUCUGUUGACAAGGCGGUUAAAAACAAUGCUAUUGUGGACCAACUUGCGGUUUUGACUAAUCUUUUUUUUUUUUAAUACAAAUUAACACACGACCUCAUUUGAAAUUAUUUAACCUCAUCUGAAAGAAUUUGAAGUACAAAUAAUAAAGGCCUUAAUUCGCUAAGCAAUUUAACAUUGCAGUUCCAAAUUGUAACAUUAAUUUGUCCAGUAGAGGGCAUUCAUCCUCAGUAUUUUAAUAGACAGCAGUGAGAAAGGGGGGCCUUCUACCUCCGCCCCAAAAGGAGAGCUGUGUACUGUCAACUAUUUCACUUUUGCCAUCCACUCUUGGGAUGGAAGUCAAACUAACCUCUGAAGUAUAUUUUGUUGAAAGCAGGAAAAAGGGGGGAAAACCACCAUCCAGCUAAUGAGCGUCCCCAGAGUCAUCUACUUCAUCUUUCAGGUCUCGUCCGCAUCCCCCCACAGAGCGUCCUCCAACAUGGUGUCCCCACACUCCAAGAGGCUGAAGUACCUAUCAUUGGGGGUGCUGGUGUUGCAGACCACCUCACUGGUACUCACCAUGCGCUACUCUCGCACUCUGAAGGAAGAUGGCCCCCGCUACCUGGCCUCGUCUGCCGUAGUGUCAGCAGAGGUGAUCAAAAUCAUCAUCUGCACCUUGCUAGUCUUCUUGGAGAACAAUUUCAGUGUGCGGGCCAUCAACCAGUUGCUGAAGGAGGAGAUUGUGAGCAGGCCUCUGGAGACACUGAAGUUGGCUAUUCCUGCAGGAAUCUACACCCUGCAGAACAAUCUUCUCUAUGUUGCCUUAUCCAACCUGGAUGCAGCCACCUAUCAGGUCACAUACCAGCUGAAGAUUCUGACCACUGCUCUGUUUUCCGUCUCCAUGCUGGGGAGAAGGCUUCGAUUCCAUCAGUGGCUCUCUCUGCUCCUCCUCAUGGCUGGGGUCACUUUAGUGCAGUGGCCCACCGAGUCUGAAGGAGACUCAGAGCAGAAGGUCCUUUCUGCCAGCAUCCAGUUUGUGGGGCUGAUGGCUGUGCUGAUGGCCUGCAUAUCCAGUGGCUUUGCUGGAGUUUACUUUGAGAAAAUCCUCAAGGAGACUAAACAGAGUUUGUGGGUUCGAAACAUACAAUUGGGUUUGUUCGGGUUUGUGUUUGGUACUGUCGGGAUGUUAGUGUAUGAUGGAAGGAGAGUCGCACAGUCUGGAAUGUUUCAAGGCUACAAUCCGAUCACCUGCAUAGUUGUCAUCCUACAGGCUUUAGGCGGCUUGGUUGUAGCUGUGGUCAUUAAAUAUGCCGACAACAUCCUCAAAGGAUUUGCUACCUCUCUGUCCAUCAUUGUGUCCACGCUGAUCUCAUAUUUCCUACUGAAGGACUUUCACCCUUCCAGUGUGUUUUUCUCAGGGGCAGCACUGGUUAUUGCAGCCACAUUUAUGUACGGCUACGAGCGCAAACCUGUCAGUGGCAGCGCUGUGAAAGUAUAAAGGAGAGAAGUCCGGCCUGGCAGCGCCACAGCAGCACAACACCAACAGAGCAGGACUCUGUGGACACGAUACCACCUGUAACUAGACGUUCCCAAAUGUACUGCAUCCCAAAUAACACAAGCUAAAAAAAUGUCACGUUGAAUUAGUGGACGUGUUGCAGCUUAUCUAUUAUGAUUACAGAUACAAAAAUGGACAGCCCUAUUCAUGAUUUUGCAUCUUCUACUGGUUGUCACCAUGGAGAGUUUGGAGCAGGUUGCGAUGGAGGAUGCAAAGGAAGACAGAACAUCAUCAUAAUAAUUACCCUAUUAGUGUAUUUUGUCAUUUAAUAUGUACAUAUACGUUUACUCAAUGUGAGUGUGAAUGGUUGUUUGUCUAUAUGUGCCCUGUGAUUGGCUGGCGACCAGUUCAGGGUGUACCCCGCCUCUCGCCCGAAGACAGCUGGGGUAGGCUCCAGCACCCCCGCAACCCACAUGAGGAUAAGCGGUAGAAAAUGAAUGAAUGAAUGUUUACUCUACAGCCUAUUAAACACUUCCAUGUAUGAUGUAUUAGGUUAUGAUAUUCAUGUGAACAUGUGGAAAAUGUACUUAAAUAGCGUUAUCUACUUAGAUAUUAUUUUGAUAGAUACAUUGCCAGGUGAAAUCCACACUAACAUCCACACAGGGUGCAUGGAAGGAGUUUCCCCAUAGGAGCUAUAAGGCAUGGCUUCUUUGUGUGGCCGCAAAAAAACAAAUGUCUUUAUUUCUGACUCUCCAAAUAUGUUUACAAACGCAAUAUUCUCUCGCUCUGGCAUCUGUCAUGAUCACAUAUGAUCACACAUCUGUCACACUAUGCAUUCUCCUCGACAACGGCCGUGCGUAACGCUGGGCCAGUUUGGACCUGCCUUCCUUAAAAAUAGGCACAAAUACAUUGGCCGCGUUUUAUAAAUCACAUUGUAGGUGCAAAAUAAUUACAUUUGCACUUUCUCCUUACAAUACUUCUCAUAAUAUGCAUGUUCUCCCCCUCUGGUUUCCACCCACAUUCCAAAAACAUAUUGUGGAGUUCAUCUUCUAUGUUUACUUCUUUCACGUUUUUUUGCAUUAGAGGCAAAAAGAGGUGAUAAUGCAACUCUACAAUAAAAGAGAGCAUGUUUGGUGCAGUUUUAAACAGUGCCUUAAACGUUUAUAAGAACUCCUGUAACUUUCCCAUAAUCUUGUAGUGUUGAAGAGAUUACAUAUUGAGGGCAUUCACAUGCGUGCACAAACUAUUCAUUUUCAAUUAGGAACAUUUUAAAUAAUUCAUGGUGUUGUAUUUGUAAAUAAAUGGUUAUUUUUUUAUGUAAAACAACCUCUUUUGUGUUACUUAUGUUAUGGCGGGCUGCAUGGCGGUCGAGUGGUUAGCACGCAGGCCACACAGCUAGGAGACCCGAGUUUGUUCCACCGCUGGCCAUCUCUGUGUAGAGUUUGCAUGUUCUCCCCGUGCAUGCAUGGGUUUUCUCCGGGUACUCCGGUUUCCUCCCACAUUCCAAAGACUGGCCACUCCAAAUUCCAAAUCCAUAGGUAUGAAUGUGAGUGUGAAUGGUUGUUUGUUUAUAUGUGCCCUGUGAUUGGCUGGCCACCAGUCCAGGGUGGAUGCCGCCUCUCACCUGAAGACAGCUGGGAUAGGCUCCAGCAUACCCGUGACCCUCGUGAGACUAAGCGGUAGAAAAUGAAUGAAUUAAUAAAUGCGAGUGCGAUUUUGCAAUCCUUAUUGCAUCAUCAAGUAGAUUUAUGCUAUCAAGUGUUUUUUAUACAUGCAAACCUUGAGUAGAUAAGGCAUUUUAUAUUAAGAAUGCAGUAGUAACAUGUUAUGAAUCCAUAUAUAUAAAGGCCUGGUUGUUGGUUACAAGGGAGUGUUUGUGUUAAAAAAAAUGGGCGUUUCAAGGAGAGAAUUCUUGACUGAGCUUCCAUCUAGUGGUGGAAUAAAAAGCAGCCAUUCUGCAAUAAGGAGGACGUUCCUCCGAGUGGCAAAUUGAUGUCUGUGAGUAGCAACAAAUGAAUAAAUUCCAUUUUUUUUCA